UCUGGCAGGAGGGCGUGCACCCAAGGUGGCUGUUGUUCUCGCGAGCGUGCCCAGCUGCACUCCGCCUCCUCGGUCGGCGCCUCAGGGAUAGCCUGGCCUGAAUCAUUAACCUCCUCGGAAACCUUCUACUGGGCAGCGAACACGAGGGCUGGACAUCUGGAUGACAUUGUCUUUUGGACGAUAAAAGUAAAACUUCAUUGGAUUAUGGGUCAGAAGGUUACAGGAGGCAUAAAGACAGUGGAUAUGAGGGACCCUACAUACAGGCCGCUAAAACAAGAUCUCCAGGGUCUGGACUACUGUAAACCUGCCCGUUUGGACCUCCUAUUGGAUAUGCCGCCAGUACCUUAUGAAGUACAGCUUCAGCACUCGUGGAAUAAUAACGAUCGGUCACUCAAUGUUUUUGUCAAAGAAGAUGACAAACUUGCUUUUCACCGGCAUCCGGUGGCACAAAGUACAGAUGCCAUUCGUGGCAAAGUUGGUUACACGCGGGGCCUACAUGUUUGGGAAAUAACUUGGGUCAUGAGGCAGCGAGGGACUCAUGCUGUUGUCGGAGUAGCAACUGCAGACGCACCACUACAUUCUGUAGGAUAUACCACACUAAUAGGCAGCAAUGGCAAGUCAUGGGGCUGGGACUUGGGGAGGAACAAACUGUACUAUGAUGGUAAAAACCAACCAAGUAGAACAUACCCUGCUUUUCUGGAGCCUGAUGAAACCUUCAUUGUGCCAGAUUCUUUCAUGGUGGUACUAGACAUGGACGAUGGUACGCUGAGUUUUAUUGUUGACGGACAGUACAUGGGCACUGCUUUUAGAGGACUAAAGGGAAAGAAACUUUAUCCUGUUGUCAGUGCCGUUUGGGGCCACUGUGAAAUCAAGAUGCGCUACAUAAAUGGACUUGACCCUGAACCUUUGCCUCUAAUGGACUUGUGUCGACGGUCUGUUCGUCUUGCAUUGGGAAAAGAGAGACUAAAUGAAAUCCAAGCACUUCCAUUGCCAGCAUCUCUCAAAGGCUACCUACUUUAUCACUGACACACAAGCCAUGCAGGACUGUAAUGGACUGGUCAUCUUUAACCCAUUGCUAUGCACCCCAAGGCUCCACUUUUGUCCUUAAUGCUUGCUGGUAGGAAGAUAGUGGUACAGAUUCCUCACUUGCAUGCCUCUAUCUAUGAAAUACCUCCAGGACCUUUUUCUUGGACCCUACAACAACUAAACUUUUUUCCUAAUGAAGGAUAUUUACAAUGCGUGACUUAAGUGGUUCAUGUUUAAUAUAUGAAGUGACCCAUAUAUAUUUUUAAUGUAAUUGUCUAUUUCGGAACAGGAAGCAGACUUGUUUUCCUAUGCCCACUUUUUGGGCUCUUAUGUGUCUACAUUUUAAAUGUUUUUCUUGUUUUGUAGUUUUACCUGCCAUUGUAUCGGAGACACUAAGGUCUGAGUGAUUUAGGUCC